AUGUCUGUUGUGGCCGAUCAAGUCCGUCGCUUAGACGCGCAGCUGGAUCGGAUUCCUCUGGGCCUGAGCCUCUCCCAAGAAGACGGCGAGCUUUCUGCCGAGGAGCAUGGCAUUUUUAACUCUGCCACGGUAGACGCCUUGUCGUCGCCGAGAAUCGACGAGCUUCUGCACAUCGCGAGAGCUCUGUCCACCACCUCGUCCUCGCUCUCGCUGCUCCCUUCCCAGAGGAUCCGCGCUCUACUGCAUCAGUCAAAGCUGGCAGAGUGGGACUUCCAGGCCGAGAAAAGCCAGGGGGCUGGGCGAGGUCAUUAUCAAUCAGAAAUUGAAUGGCUCCUCAUCAGCAAGGCCACUGUACAAACCUACGGAAUCAUCUUAAACACCCUCCUGGACCAGAUCAUUCCCCUGAGUGAUGAGAUGUGGUACUGGGACGAGGUUUUGAGUUCAUAUACUUAUAGCAGCCUCUACACCGUACAGACAUCGCCGUUACGCUUAUGGGCACUGACCAAAGACGUUUACCACGAGAGCAAACAUCGGAUACAAAACAUCAGCCACGCACCAGGAGACCUCGUUGAGUCGACGCGGACCGGGCUAUCUCAGCAAUGGAAACAGUUUUACGGCAUUGUGCGGGACAGCAUUAGAGACUCCUCGAUUACGACCCUUCAGCGCAAGGUUCUUUCGCCUGUGGCCCUCAGCCGUGGUGAAGCCAGGAGGAAACUGGCCCAUCUUAAGCGUCUGCGAGACAUGAUAGCAAGCGGUCUCGGCGUCCUUGUCGACGAAGGACUGACAUUCGGCGGAGACGACGAUGACGACGACAAGAGCGAGGCAGGCGUCAACAGCCACGACUGGAAAGGUGUGGUAGAGAGAAGUGUGGCUCUCAUGGACAUGGUCUUAAAGGAAGCGUUGGUUCUCGAGUAUGGGGUCAGCGAGUUCGAGGACAAGGUCUUUGCCGGAGUCGAGGAAGAUCCAGAACUUAGUAUCCAUAUCGAGGACGCCAACGCCGUGGAAAAGCCUUCCGUUCUCGCCAGACGCCUCCUCAACAUUCUCGACACCGGGCUUCCCAAUCACGUCGCCGCUGCGCAGAUUCUUGUUCGCAACAACGGUCGCCCGUCAAGACUCAUUCGGUACUGGUUGCCCGCAACUGCCGCUCUGCUGUCGUCGACGACCAUUCUCCGACUUCUCGCCAAUCGGCGUGCCGAGAUCCUCGGCUGGAUCCAGGACAUUGGGGCCACGGCUCGCGACUUUUGGUUCAACUGGGUCGUCGAGCCGACACGCAAGAUUGUGGGAACUAUCCGUCACGACUCGAGCAGCGAGAUUGCCAUCAUGAGCCGAGACAGCCUGAAAGCCGACCGCGAAAGCCUGGAACGCAUGGUUGUGGAUUUUGCCUUGGACAAGCCUCAUUUUGUGGGCGAUGGCGCCUCGCUUACCGAUGUUCAGAUUGCCGAUCUCAGGACCAAGGUCAGCGAAGGAGACGUCACGCCGGUCCUCCGCGCAUUCGAAAAGGACCUGAGAACCCCAUUCGUAGGCGCAAUCAAGGGCGACCUCGUUCGAUCUCUUCUCAUCCAGGUGCAAAAGACCAAGGUCGACCUAGAGGUAGCCAUUAGCGGCAUCGACUCGUUGCUAAAGAGCCAGGAACUGGUCUUUGGCUUCGUGGGCCUCACCCCCGGUGUGCUCGUCUCGAUCGGCAUUGUCCAAUAUCUUCGCGGCAUCUUCGGCGCCCGCAGGGGAGCCCGUCACAGCCAUAAGGCUGGAAAGAGCAUUCGAGUGUUGCGCAACAUUGAUCGAAUCUUCUCGGAGGCGACGCCAUCGCAGAACAAUCUUCUUUCCUACAAGGAUCACGGCCUGCUUCUGUGCGAGGUGCACGUGCUGCGUAACCUGAUGCAGAGAGCGCUGCCCCGCGACAGGCAAAGGGAAUUCCGAGAGGAUUUGGACGACCUUGCCAACCUGAAAGGCAUUCAGGUGCAGAUUAGGGCAUUGGAUCGCAUUCGCUGGGCCUACGCCAGAUGGCUACAGUGA